AUCACAAGUCUCUUUCUCUCUCUCAUUAUUUUUCUCCGUUUUUAAAACAAAAAAAUGUCUGCAGAAGUAGAGUACCGGUGCUUCGUCGGGGGCCUAGCAUGGGCCACCGGAGAUGCUGAGCUAGAGAGGACGUUCUCACAGUUCGGCGAAGUUAUCGAUUCAAAGGUCCGUUACACACGAGAGAUCGGACUCCAGGAUGGUUCUGAUCCUCGGCGGAUCUGAUUCCGAUCUGUGUUUCUCUGUUACUUGAUUCGAUUACUCUGUUACUAUGUUCUUUGUUACUACUGUUACUUGCUUUGUCCCAUCGAUCAUUAACGAUCGUGAGACUGGGAGAUCGAGGGGAUUCGGAUUCGUGACCUUCAAGGAUGAGAAGUCCAUGAGGGAUGCUAUCGAUGAGAUGAACGGAAAGGAGCUCGACGGACGUACCAUCACCGUCAACGAGGCUCAGUCUAGAGGAAGCGGCGGUGGAGGAGGCCGUGGUGGAGGUGGAUACGGUGGCCGUGGAGGUGGUGGUUACGGUGGAGGCGGCGGUGGAUACGGUGACAGACGUGGAGGUGGAGGUUACGGAUCUGGAGGUGGCGGCCGUGGAGGCGGCGGUUACGGUGGAGGUGGAGGAUACGGUGGUGGUGGUGGCAGACGUGAAGGAGGUGGUGACGGUGGAUACGGAGGAGGCGGUGGAUGGUAAUCGAUAAUGAAGUGGUUGUUUUGCUGCCUCCUCUGUUAUCGGUUUAGAUUUGCUUCCGUAUGAAUGUUUCUCCGGUUUGGUUUGGUUCUGGAUUUCUUGUUUACUUUUUUGUUGUAACGGAUCGUUAAAGUCUUGCUUGCCUGUAACGAAAUGUUAAAUCGCAUCUUGUUCUCUAAUUGA